UCAUCAAAUCACUAUUAAAAAAUAUUUAUAAUUAUCACUAUCAAAAAUCAAAUAUUAAUUAUUUUUUUCAGUUUUUUUAUUCUUUCCAAGUGGUUUCAAUGUUUCAUCCUCACAAUAAAUAAAUCUUACCAAUCUUUUGUAUCAAAAUGAACACACCAACUUUUUCUGUUUACUUCAAACUGACCUCAGAGACAGAUUUUACUACACCCUUUGCUUCUGUCAUAUCUUUGUUUCGGAUCAUUGUGAUUGUUUAUUGUGAGCAGAGUUGCGAUGUUUGAAGGAGGAUCAAUGUGAUCCGGUGAUGCAUCUCUAUAGAAAUUUGAGCAAAUCUGUAUGUUCUGCCGUUCAUGAUGGAGUUAAAUGCAAGUUAUGACAUUGAGGAAUCAUGUUCUACGCAAAAAAUGUUGGAGCAUGAGUUGUGGCCCCUAGAUCCAAUUGAUCCAAAGAAUGCAAAGUUUCCAUGUUGUUUGGUUUGGAAUCCACUUCCAGUUGUCUCAUGGUUGGCACCCUUCAUUGGUCAUGUUGGCAUAUGCAGGGAGGAUGGAACUGUUUUAGAUUUUUCAGGAUCAUAUUGUGUGAAUGUCGAUGAUUUUGCUUUUGGUCCAGUGGCAAGAUACUUGGAACUCGACCGUAGACAGUGUUGCUUUCCUCCUAACCUAUCUGCACAUACAUGCAAACACGGCUACCGGCAUACUGAGUAUGGGACCGCAAUAACAUGGGACGACGCCUUAAGGACAAGUUUGCGGCAUUUCGAGAGUAAAACAUACAACCUUUUCACAUGCAACUGUCACUCAUUUGUUGCUAAUUGUCUGAAUAGGUUCUGUUAUGGUGGAUCAAUGAGUUGGAACAUGGUAAAUGUAGGCAUCUUGAUACUAUUCAAGGGACAUUGGGUUGAUUUCUGGUCUAUUGUAAGGUCUUUUCUGCCUUUUGUUGUGGUUGUUUGCAUAGGUAUUUUCAUGGUUGGAUGGCCCUUCUUACUUGGGUUACUAUCCUUCUCUCUACUCUUAAUUGGAUGGUAUCUAUUGGGUACUUACCUAUUCAAAAGCCUAUUAGAGUGCUAGAUGUACUCUUGAAUUGAAAGAUGAGCAUGAAUUGUGUUUGUUUAAACCAAAUAAUGAUAGAUUCAAAUGUCAAUAUUGUAAUUGGAACAAGAAUAAGUGCAUUUAUGCUUA